CUUGUUUUGCGGGGGUGGGUGCUUGGCAUAGCUCCCCUGCUGCUGCUUACCCUGAUGGCCUGGCUGCUUACCUUCUCCCCUGGUGGCUGCUGCUUACCCCAAUAGGGCUUGGCACUAACUAUCUGGGCAUCGCAGAAAAAUGGCAGGGGACUCUGCAGCUUUAGCAUAUGGUGAGCUGUUCUGCGAGAGGGCGGCUGAAGAACCCAAGGCGCGUUGGGACAUCAAGGACAAUGAUCUUUGGUCCGAAGUAGUGGCCCCAAACUUCCAAAAAAGGGCUUUUGGGGAGAAGUCAGGCAAACCCCCCUCCAAAGUGCAAAGGGUGGCUAUGUCAACUUGUUGGGAGUUUAAUAAUGGGUUGUGCAGCAGGGACCAAUGCCGUUUUGACCAUGCUUGCGAGCGCUGCGGUGGUCCUCACUCAUGGACUGUUUUCGGGCUAAGCCCCCUUUUUGCAGUUUUCGAAAAACAGGAUUGGGGAGUAGAGCCAAGAUGCCAAGGGAGACUCUGGAGCCUCUACCUCCGGAGCCUAGCAAGCCAAGGCUACCUCCCAAAAAUGAGGUUUUUUUCCGCCCUAGCCCCAACCCCUGUCCACCUCUCCGCGAUGUUACCAUUGUUACAAGCUUAUCCCAACAGGACCGCAGCCAACUACUUGGAGGCAGGGUUCCAAUAUGGCUUCCACAUCCCUGUCUCCAGUUCACCGGUAUCCAGAACCCCUCCCAAUCAAAAGUCAAUGGAGCGUUUCUGCGAGCUGGCGUCAGAGGCAGCCCAGACUUCAGACGCCUUCCCAGACAAUCUGUGGGAGAUUGGAAGCGAGAAGUAAACCAGGGAGUAUUGUCAGCAAUAGCACCCUCCACUAGACGUUCUUAUUCCAGGGCCUGGAACACCUUCGGGUGUUUUCGUGGCACCAAAACACAUUGCGCUUCCGAGGAGGAGGUGCUUCAAUUCAUGGUGCUCCUAAAGCGCAAGGGCCUUGCCAUAAAACUUUACUGCUUUACAGGGCAGCUAUCUCAUUCUUUUGUAAAUUCCUUCACUGGCCAGACCCCUGUGACAGCUUCCACGUCAAGAAGCUGCUGGCUGGGUGGCCUCGUGUCAUUUCCCCACGUCAGGAUGGCAGGAAGCCUAUCACUAUCGACACACUCA